AUGGAUGGCUUCGAGGCAAACAAGGGCGUCGUGGUGAUCGCGGCGACAAACCGAGCGGACAUCCUCGACCAAGCAUUGGUCCGCCCUGGGCGCUUCGACCGACAAAUCCAGGUGGACCCGCCUGACGUCCAGGGACGCUCUGAGAUCCUCAAAGUCCACGCCAAGGGCAAGAACUUGGCGCCGGGCGUUGACCUCUCCGCCAUCGCGCGCCAGACGCCAGGCAUGUCCGGCGCAGACCUUGCGAACUUGCUGAACGAAGGCGCCAUUGUGGCCGCACGUCAGAACAAGGCAGAGAUUGACGCCGACGACAUCUUCAACGCCCUGGAGCGCAUCUCCAUCGGUCUCGAGAAGAAGGAUGCCGUCAUGUCAGAUCAAAAGAAGAAGCUGGUGGCCUACCAUGAGGCCGGCCAUGCAAUCCUGGGGGCGUUGAUGAACGACUACGAUGUGGUGGCCAAAAUCAGCAUCGUUCCCCGUGGACCCGCUGGCGGCGUGACGAUCUUUAUGCCUUCCGAAGACCGCCUCAACUCCGGCCUCUACUCCAAGGAGUUCCUGGAAAAUCGCAUGUGCGUCGCACUGGGUGGACGUCUGGCCGAGGAGAUCAUCAACGGCAAGGACAACGUCACCACUGGAGCCUCCAACGACUUCCAGCAGUGCACGCAGGUGGCCAAGCAGAUGGUGAUGACCCUGGGCAUGUCCCCCGAAAUCGGCCAGCGACUCCUUGGCGGCCAGCAGGGCGGCGGCCCUUUCAUGGGCCGCGACUUCAUGGGCCAGGGUGCCCCACCCAUGUCCCAGGCACUGAAGCAGAAGGUGGAUGGUGAGAUCAAGCGCAUCGUGGACGAGCAGUAUCAGCGCGGUAUGAAGUUGCUUCGCGACAACAUGUACCUCCUGGAUGAGUUGGCGAAGAUGUUGUUGGAGGAGGAGAAGGUGUCGGGUGAGCAGCUGAUGAAGCUCAUCAACCAGGCGGCCGCGGAAGGGAAGCUGGUCAUGGGCAACAGCCAGAUGGCCGUGGCUGCCUACACGGGCGAGGUGAUCGAGACCACCACGUCAGAGGUGGCGCUGCCCCGAAAGGCGAAAUGCGUGCAUCCAGACAAGCCAAUGAUGUUCGCAUGUGCCGAUUGCCCUCGCCGGGGCUUCUGCGGGUCCACUCGCGCUGCGCCACGGGAUGGCAAGGCCUCCCGCAGCGCGGUGGCUCGGCUUGGCUUGGCCACCCCCGAGGCGGAGAGCAAGGAGUGCACCAGCGAGGAAGUUCUGCGCCGCGUCAAGGACAUGGCAGCUGAGGUCUCCACAGGCGCUGCCCUGCCAGACCACGUGGUGAAGCACGCCGCGGUGCAGGUCCUGGCCGCCCUGGCGGCAUCCGCGGCGCCUCUGGCAGCCAAGGCGGACGACGUGCCCGCGCUACAGACGAUGGAGGCCCCCCAGAUGCAGAUGCAGCAGCCGGGUGGUGGCGGCUUCCAGCGGGUCACAGGCCGCGUCACCUACUCCCGCCUCUUGGAGUUCGUCGACGAGGGCUCCGUGAAGCGCGUGGACAUGUACGACCUGGGUCGCACGGCCGUGGCCACUGUGUCGGUUGGUGGCCGGGAGCAGCAGCUUGUCUGCGAUCUUCCGGGCGCCACCACAGGCCUCGUUGAGAAGCUCACGGCCAAGGGCGUUUUGAUUGAGGUCCACCAGCCUGAGAAGCCGAAUCCGAUUUUCAACGUCCUGGGUGACGUCGCACUGCCCUUGCUGUUGAUCGCCGGCCUCCUCUUCCUGCGCUCCCGGGCCCCCGGUGGGGGCGGCAUCCCUGGAUUUGGCAACCAGGGCCAGGCCAAGAUCAUGAUCACCCCUGAGACCGGCGUUAAGUUCGAGGACGUGGCCGGCAUCGACGAGGCGAAAGAGGAGCUUAUGGAGAUUGUGGACUUCCUGAAAGCCCCAGAGAGGUUCGUGAAGGUGGGCGCCAAGAUCCCCCGCGGCGUGCUGUUGACGGGCCCGCCGGGCACAGGAAAGACGCUGAUGGCCAAGGCCCUGGCCGGUGAGUCGGGCGUGCCCUUCAUUCAGUCUUCAGCCUCAGAGUUCAUUGAGCUCUUCGUCGGCGUGGGCGCCUCGCGCGUGCGCGACAUCUUCAAGCAGGCCAAGGAGAAGGCGCCGUGCAUCGUUUUCAUCGACGAGAUCGAUGCCAUUGGACGCCAGCGUGGAGCCGGCAUGGGCGGCGGCAACGACGAGCGUGAGCAGACGCUGAAUCAGAUCCUCACGGAGAUGGAUGGCUUCGAAGGCAACAGCGGCGUCAUUGUCGUUGCGGCCACCAACAGAUCGGACAUCCUCGACAACGCCUUGCUGCGGCCGGGCCGCUUCGAUCGACGAGUGCAGGUCGGUCUGCCGGACGUCAAGGGCCGCGCGCAGAUUCUGGAGGUCCACGUCAAGAACAAGAAGCUUGAUGGCGAGAUCACACUCAUGGACAUCGCCAAGCGGACGGCAGGCUUCUCCGGCGCAGACCUCGAGAACCUCAUGAACGAGUCGGCCAUCCUGGCAGCCCGCCGCAACAAGAAGGCCAUCAGCAUGGAUGAGAUCAACGACGCCACGGACCGCGUCAUCGCGGGCCUUGAGGGCCGCGCCUUGGCGGACAACGCGGCCAAGAAGCUCAUCGCCUACCACGAGGCCGGGCACGCCAUUGUCGGAACACUGCUCCCGUACCACGACCCAGUCAACAAGGUGACGCUGAUCCCCCGCGGCCAGGCCAAGGGCCUGACGUGGUUCACGCCCGGCGAGGAUCAGAGCUUGAUCUCCGCCGCCAUGCUCAAGGCCCGCAUCGCCGGGGCACUGGGCUGCCUGGCCAGAAAUUCGCCAAGAGAGCCUUUCCUGGGUGCAUUGUUUCGAUUCUCCGCCCCGUGUUUGGAACCGACCAGGCGGGUCUCCGAUAUCCUGCGGAGCAAGUACGCCAGAUUCGGGGCACCCCGAAAAAGCCUCACCUCAAAGUCAUGGUACGACCUGUUCGGUCACAUCGAGGUGACCACCGGCGCCGGCGGUGAUCUCCAGCAGGUGGAGCGAAUGGCCCGGGCCAUGGUCACGCAGUUCGGCAUGUUGGAAGAUGCCAUGAUGCUGGAGGAGCCGCUGGAGUUGCAGCUGUUGCUCAAGGCGUCCCUGCCAGACGUGGCAGCUACCGAGGAGCUCCAAAACCCCUUCUAA